UGUUGGACUUUGCCAGUGUGCUGAGCUGACAAUCUGCUGCUGCUUUCAUUUCAUUCCACGGCGUUUUUUCACGGUACACGUUCGAUUUCUUCCCCAGUGACUGUGGUGAUAGUUUCAAUAAAUUCUGUGAAUUCAUUCCUUCAACUUCAAGGAUUAGAAGCUAACCAUACGCACAAAAGCAAAGAAUUAAAGAUGAAAAACUUUGUGUACGCCGUCGUGUUGGGUCUGUGCGCCCUGAGCCAGCUGGGAGUUGCCAACGAGGACAGCUCGGCCCGGUUACUGGUCUCGAAGCAGAUCCUGAACAAAUAUCUGGUCGAAAAUCGAGACAUCAUCGUCAAGUACACCCUGUACAAUGUCGGAUCCGGGGCAGCCUCCAACGUGCAGCUGGUUGACAACGGAUUCCACCCGGAGGCUUUCACCGUGGUCGGAGGAAAACUGUCGGCUACCAUCGAUCGCAUUGCUCCGCAAACCAACGUCACCCACAUCGCCGUGGUGCGACCAAAGGCCUACGGAUACUUCAACUUCACCGCCGCCGAGGUCAACUACAAGCCAACGGAGGAAGCCGUUGAUCUGCAGGUCGCCGUCAGCUCCGAACCCGGUGAGGGAGCCAUCGUUGCCGAGGCCCAGUUCAACAAGCAGUUCUCGUCCCACUAUCUGGACUGGUUCGCCUUCGCUAUCAUGAUCCUGCCCUCGCUCGCUAUCCCCUACGCGCUGUGGUUCAACUCCAAGACCAAGUACGAGCUGCUGAGCAAGCCGGCCAAGAAGGCUAACUAAUGUAAACAUCAUUUUCGCGGCAGCGCCGUUGCGGCAACUCAUUCGAGGGAGGUGUUCGAACAAGAUCCAGGAGCUUUUCCAAUAAUCGAUCUGGAGGUAGAUUUUUCCUACCUUCAAGCGGUAGACCAUCAUUGGCAUGUGUCGGAGGAGAGAGCCCUUUUUGUUUUGAGAAAGACUUAUUCAUUAAUCGUAAGCAGUUGAGAGUUUCGUUCAUUUACCUAGUUUCUCAUCACUAACAGGAUUCAGUUUUCUGUUGUCUUAUUUUUAAAUAGUAACGAAAUCAUUCAUAUCCAUUAGUGAGCGCCCGGGAGUGAAAACUCGUAAAGAAAGAGCAGUUUUGUAAUGCAUUUUUUUCUGUACAAUUCGAGGAGGCAGUGAUAAGGUUUGUUUUGCAACAUAAUUUGUGCAAAGUUGAAUAAAAUGAGAUUGAUUGUAAUACCAAA